CCUUACCAAAUAUGUGUUCCUUGCCAUUUGGUUCGGAGAUGAAACUGAAAUUUACUGAUAAAAUGAAAUGAAACGAAAUCAGUAAUUCUUAGAGAAUUAAUUCUAUAUCUGUAAAACGAUUUUCAUGUGAAACCAUAAAUGAGUAAGAAAUCAUAUCCAAGGGCAUUCAAUAGAAUUUUCUCCAUGCAUCUUCGCUAAAAUGCGCCGAGGCCUUCUCUUUCUGCAAAAAAAAUCCGAAUAUCGGAAACAAGAGCCAAGCGUUGGGCGUUUAUAAGAAAUAAACAUAAAUCCAGUAUUCCAUUUUCAAUACUAGAAAUUACAGAAAAAAAAUAAAAAUUGGUAUAUAAAAAAGAGAAACAGCAAAGGAAGACAGGGAGAGAUAUGGGAAGCACGAGCACCAGCGCUGCUUUAAUCUCCCAUUUACAGGUCAACAAAAGCUGCUUCAAACUCGUCGAGUCAACCAGGGCUCAGCUCAAGUUCAACUCUCUUAAAUUCAGCGAUUCAAGGAGUGGGAGGCUGGAAUUCGGUGCUUCGUGGAGCUGGAAAGGCUUUCGUAGUGCCGUUUGUUUCGCUGCUGUUGAUGAUGAUGUUAAAGAAAAUCGACAACAAGAUUUUAGUAAAACCAGCAGCGCCUCCGCCAUCGAGGAUAGACCUGAUGCGACUAAUAUCUCAACUGAAGAAACAUCACAAAGGUUUGAGCUGAAUAAUGAAAGAAGUGCGCUUUAUAAUUUUCUUUAUCCUGAUAAAGAUCUCCUGCCAGAUGAUAAAGAAAUGACUAUAUUUGAUCAUCUUGAAGAGCUACGCCAGAGAAUAUUUGUGUCAGCGUUGGCUGUUGGAGCUGCUAUGUUGGGAUGCUUUGCAUUUUCAAAAGAACUGAUAAUGUUUCUUGAGGCUCCUGUUAAAGAACAGGGCGUACGAUUUCUGCAACUAGCUCCUGGCGAGUUUUUCUUCACAACUUUAAAGGUAUCAGGAUAUUGUGGCCUUCUCUUAGGAAGCCCUAUAAUUCUGUAUGAGAUCAUAGCCUUUGUUCUUCCAGGUUUAACAAGAGCAGAGAGAAGGUUUCUGGGGCCGAUUGUAUUGGGCUCCUCGGUUCUUUUCUAUGCUGGUAUUUUCUUCUCCUACUCGGUUCUGACUCCAGCAGCCUUAAAUUUCUUUGUUACUUAUGCUGAAGGGGUUGUGGAAUCUUUGUGGUCCAUUGAUCAGUACUUUGAGUUUGUACUAGUGCUUAUGUUCAGCACAGGCUUGUCUUUCCAGGUUCCUGUUAUACAAUUUCUUCUUGGACAACUUGGUCUUGUGUCGGGGGACCAAAUGCUUUCCAUUUGGAGAUAUGUUGUGGUUGGUGCUGUUAUUGCAGCAGCUGUACUUACACCAUCAACAGAUCCUCUUACUCAAAUGCUCCUGGCUGCGCCACUUAUGGGUCUUUACUUAGGUGGUGCAUGGGUUGUUAAGCUUACAGGACGGUGACUUCACUCUCCAACAAUUCAGUAGGGAUUUGUCUAAUGGGCAGUGCAUUUCAAGCAUGCUCAUUUUGUAUAUUGCUAAAAACGAGUCAUAUCGACUGGUGCAAAAUCAGCCACUAAAUAGUUUAUACCGAAUUUGUAUCAUCAUUGUAGUAUUUCUUUUACCGUGUAUUGCAAACUUCUCCUAGAUAGCACUAGGAUUGAGAAAAAAAAAAAAGGUAUUACUUUGAAAUUUU